GAAGGCUGAUGUUUCUAUUGGCUGGCUGCCGCGAGCUCUUCCGCUUUUUCCGCCUGCCUUUAAUAGGAACCGUUUUACUAGCGGACUGGACUGUAUUUACACUGCUGAACGCUUCACUACUGGCUGUAUGCGUGUGAAUUUCAUAUACACUGAGCUUUUUAAACUCCUUCUGCGCUUCAUCUGGGGAAAAAAGUUCUUCUGUCCUACUGAGAACAAAUGGGGCAUACAAGGGUUUUGGUGUGUUCCUAUGGCUCUGGGAAUUAACUGAACUUGAUCGGGCAGCUUGUCUCCGAUGGAGCAGAGGAACUAUGGGAGGCGUAAAAGCAGGAUCCCAGCGUUUAUUCGCAGUGGCUACACGAGACACUUCACACAGGAAGCCGGGGACAGAUCAGGGUCACUGCAUGGCCAGGACGCUAAGGACUUCGACAGAGAGAGUGGUGCUAGCAAAAAAACUGUUACCAUGGCACCUACUUCUAGGUACAUGACCAGCAGGAGCUUGUAUACUGCCCGAAAGCCACUGAUCUCAACAGAGCACCAGAUUUCAAUCCUGAAGAAUCCUCUCACACAUGAAUACUCAGAAAGGGUUCACAUGAGCAGUGUGGGAAAUUGUCAAAAACAAGAUGAAGGGACAGAUUCUAACAUAUUGGAUAGCACAAGUGUUCCCCAGAUCAUUGAUUAUUCUCUUUCAGCACCCAGAGAAGAUCUUUGUACUUCCUUGAAUUUGUCAGAGCUCAGGCUGUGUUCUUCUCAUGAGGAACCGAAUUUCAGCCCCGUUCCUUCAGCAAGCAAAGUUGAAAGUAGGAGCCUUUCUAGUUCCCCUUUAGAUGAUUUGAGCCUUACAGUACCAUUAAGCCCUAAGUGGACUUCCACCCAGCGGAUUUUUCCUCAUUCAUACACUUCCCAAACUCGUACUUCCCAAAGGGCAAACACAAGCGCAUCCAAGCAGGAGAGACAUUCUCUUCUUAACACUGGCUUCUCACUGAGUAACAAUAAGAGCUACUUGUCUGAACCUAAACGAAUGUCCCACUAUCAAACCACUUACUGGGCCUGUGCUAUCCCCAGUACUUUACCACCCUCUCCAGACCGCAAGUCUCCCAGCUGGGACCCUGACAAGGAGUAUCAGACCCUCCUGGAUUAUACAUACCCUCUAAGGCCCAACAUAACCAACACCUGGCGUUCAAAUGAACACAGGUUGCGCACUGAUCAACCUUUACAAGACUCUGGCAUUGAAGUGGACAGUUUUCUCAGCUCUUCUAGUCUUUCUUUUUUGGACCAGCCUGUUUCUGGAAUGAGGCAGGGUAGAUCUGGUCCAGCUUCUAGUCAAACAUUUGGAUUUCAAAAUCCGAAUCUGAGGAAACUGGCACAUUCCAAGUCAUCGGACAUCAGGGUGUCUAGAAGCCUUAAUUCCUCAAUGGAGCAGGUGGGUUUAUCAUUGGAAAGUCUGGAUUGUGAGGGGAAAGACAGCUUUCACUAUAAGAAAUUUGGCAUCUUUUCCACAUCCAGGUCUGCUCCAAGCUUUAUCAGGUCCACAAGCAUCUUACCCCGUCUGGGGUCACUUGGCGAGUUUGAUGAGGAGUUUCUCCGUUUGCCUGAACAGCUACAGGAGAUUCAGGACCUUUCUCAGAAACUAAAGGACAUCACAGCACAGAUAAGUCAGCCAGUCACCACCAAUUGGGAGUCUCUGCAGAGAGAGAGUGCCUCUGUUAGGUCUUCAUCAGUACAAGUGGAGAAACAGGCAGCUGAUGUCUCUUAUGUGCAAGGGCCUGCUGAAGAAGUUCCUCUCACAGAGCAGAUGAAGGGAGUGAAUACUAGAGCGCAGGUAAUCAGCCAUCAGGUAACCAGAGAUAACCUGACGGAUGUGGAAGCCAUUGUGGAUCAGCUGAGUGGAAUGUCUUUGUAUGAGUUUGAGAAGACAGAGACUGAUGAGGGGACAGAAGAAACCCAGGAGUCCCUCUUGCAACACUUACAAACUUUCUGCUCAAAUUUAGAAAAACUGAUUCAGUGGUUGCACAAGGUAGUGGAGAAGAUGGAUGUCCUUUCCCCUCCUUCAGUGGACAUUGAGAGUGUUAAAACCUCUCUGGCUGACUAUAAGAGUUUUCAGGAGGAAGUCCAAGCCCACAGGCCACUUACUGCGUCAGUUCUCCAGACUGGAGAGAUGCUUUUGUGCUGUAUGAAUUCAGCCUCUCCCUUUUUGAAGGAUACAUUGACGUUGAUAGAGAGGCAGUCCCGUGCCUUGGAGACACAUUCAGAGCACCUCUUCUCCUCGAUCCUAUCCACCAUGGACUGUCUCACUGAACCAGAUUCUCAGGAUGACACAGAAGAGACAUCAUUCAGCAGUCAGGAUCAGUAGAGUUCAGCGUACCUGUGUCCUCAGUUAGUUGACUUUCAGGACUUUUACGUACAGGUGCUAUAGCACGGGUUGUGCAAAGGAUCUGAAGCAAAGCGGUAAUUCUGAGUUGAAGUAUUUAACACUGUUCAGUUAUUGUACAGUUAUGGUUAAUAAGAUCACUAAUAGUAUCACAUAUUGCCAUAAUUACAUUUACAUUUGGUGAUGUUUGUGUGUUACCCUUUUAAACAUUUACAUUGAAGCUCUAUCAUGUUAUAUUUUAAGCACACUUGUAUUGUAUGUCAGCUGUUACCACAGAUGCACUUUUAAUUUUGCACAUUCGCUUCGGAUAUGUUCAGUUACAUGUACUGUAUAUUGCUCUUAUAUUACAAAAAAAGGUCACUCAGUGUCAUGAUAGUAUUAUUUUGCAACAUUUUAUGUUACAGUGAAGUGCUCUUCUGUCCUGGUACACACCAGGAUCUCAGGUUAUUAGGGCUAUUCAUUAAGUUUUAAUAAGAGCUCACUGGUCCUCAAUAGCAGCCCUGCAGCUUUAAUUUCUACCGGAGCAGAAAGCACAGGUACACUGUUGUCCAGGCUGCACAGUGUGUGCCUUUUUAAGCACCAUGAUCUAAGUCCUAAAUAAUAUUAUGUAUGGUAUUACAGCUCAUUCUAAAGAGACUGCAGUAAGUUUUUCAGACACUCCAUUUUCAAAUAAAGAAUCUAACUAUUUUUGGAUUAUGGACUAAUUAAGAUUUGUCUUGGUUGCAGUUUUCUAUCAACAAGAGAAUAAACUUUGUACAACCAAUUUUUCUGUUCUGUGUUCUAUAAAUGAGUAUGUUUUUAGGUUGUGCUUUUAAAUGGGGUGUUGUAUGUACAUAAAAUAUUAGUGAUAGUGAUUUUUUUUCUACUUUUUAAAAUCAUGUUCACUUGGCAGUAUAAGGAUUUUAAUGUUGUUAAAUUUUAAGUAAUUGCUAUUGAAUAAAAUGAAACUGUUUGAGAAGUUUCAAAAGUACAA